AUGUCAGAUACAUCAUUGGGCAGAAAGAACAAAUACUAUGAUUAAUCAGAUUAAAAUCCAGAAUUAAUGGAUACAUCAAAAUUUUAAUAAGUAUCAUAAAUAAAUAAUAUGGUAAGGAAAAACAACAGUAAUAAAACUAAGAUCAAUCAUCAUAUAGACCUUAGAUAUAAAGCUAAAAUCUAGGAUAUCAAUAAUAGAUUGAAUAAAAAUGGAAUGAUAGAGCAACUCCUUAUACUUUUACAGUUUCAAAUAUGCCAAAAGUAAACGAUACAAUUUAUAUUAGAUAAGUUGUUUUAAUCAUUAAGGAUAAACAUUUACAAAUUUUUGUAAAUGUAGAGAAUGUUUUUUGCCUUUAUGUCCAGAGUGUGUAAAAGAACAUGUAUAUGAGCAUUCAGAGUUUAAAUCUUAUCCAAAACUAGAAUGUUUAGAAAAUAUAUUGAAUGAUGUUCACAAAGAAGUUUGUUAAUAAGGUAUAAUAUAAUAAGGAAUAAAUAAAGUAAAUUAAUUAGUAUUUGCUCAAACAGAUAUCUCAAAUUCAAUAUCUUAAGCAUAUCUCUAUAUAUAAGAAACAGUUUAAAAAUUAAAAGAAGCUAAACAAAGGAUUUUAAAUAUAGUAGAAUAGUAUUUUCAUGCAUUAGAGAUUGAGUUAGAAAAUUAAUAAAAUAAGAACUAUGAUAAUUUUUAUAACGAUGGAAAUUCUUUUAAUGAUGUAUUAAAUGCUAGAUUGGCAUCUCAUGUAAAUUUCUUAGAAAAAUUAAAAUAACCAGAUUGUAUGUAUUCAUUGUUACCAUAUUUAUUGUCAACAACUAAAGAAGAUAAUGAAUUAUAUCUUAAAACAGCUUAAUAAUUUUCAUCUAGAUUUAAAGAGGCUUCAUCAUUGAUCACUUUUGAUUCUAUAAAAUCGUAAAUUAUUUAUGAGAUAUAAUGUUAGUUCUUAGCUUAGUGCAUAAAUUGCAUAAAUAGUAAAUGUUUUCCAUAAAGAUUUACCAGAAUUUCUUGAUAUUCAUAAAUUAGCAUCUCCAGAAAUCAUUUAGACUAAAGUUUUAAAUGUUAAAUCAUAAAAUCUUCAAGUGUCUUAAAUAAAUCCUUAUUAGAAUUCUAAAAUUUAAUAAAAUAUUGUAAUCCCAGAAAAAAUAGAACCUUUAAUUAAAUAACAAUUACCAAAAUUAGAAUAAUCUUAUGGUUAUUAAUAAUAAUAAAAAGUUCCUUUAUAAUAGGUUCCAAAUUAAUAAAUUCAAAAUUCAUUGUUUAACACUAGCUAUACAUAAUAAGGAUAUGGAUAAUAAAAUUAUAGACAAUAAUAACCAUUCUAAUAAGCUUAGUUAAAUCAAAUCAAUAAAUUUCAAGGCUAUCCUUAAACCCCUUAAACUUAACCUUUUGUUUAACCAAACUAUUAAAAUUUUAACCCAUAGUUUUCUAACCAAGGAUAUUAAUCCUUAAGGUAUUAUUGA